AUUGGAGGACUGGACUGAAGUGGGAUGAGGAUCACAUUCUGAACAAUCUUAUCGCGAGAAGUGAGCCGUGGUAUAAAUUCCCCAGUCGCGCGUGCCAGCAUCUGCACUCCCCUCUCCGUUUGUCGGUGUGGUUUGAUAUAAGCUGAGACUGAAGAUGGCUGCAGGCAAGGCACAAAUUGGAAAGCUGGCCCCAGACUUCACAGCCAAAGCGGUGAUGCAAGAUGGACAGUUCGAGGACCUGAAGCUGUCAGACUACAGAGGCAAAUAUGUUGUCUUUUUCUUCUAUCCACUGGACUUCACCUUUGUGUGUCCAACUGAGAUCAUCGCUUUCAGUGACGCUGCAGAUGAUUUCAAGAAGAUCGGCUGUGAGGUCAUCGCUGCCUCUGUUGACUCACACUUCUCCCAUUUCGCAUGGACCAACACACCACGUAAGCAGGGCGGUUUGGGUUCCAUGAAGAUUCCCCUGGUAUCUGACACACGGCGCACCAUCGCCACAGAUUAUGGUGUCCUCAAGGAGGAUGAGGGCAUCGCCUACAGAGGUCUGUUCAUCAUUGACGACAAGGGCAUCCUGAGACAGAUCACCAUCAAUGACCUCCCAGUUGGACGCUCUGUUGAGGAGACCAUGCGUUUGGUCCAAGCCUUUCAGUUCACUGACAAGCACGGAGAAGUCUGCCCAGCCGGCUGGAAACCAGGAAGUGACACCAUCAAACCUGACAUCCAGAAGAGCAAAGACUUCUUCUCCAAGCAGUAAAAAGCCCAGGGCCAGAGUCUGCUGCCUGCUGUAGGAGAUUUCAUUUAGAGAUUACAUUUCCAGAGAACAAUAUUUAAGUCAGCCGCUGUGCCUGUGGAGGAGUGGUUAGGAGACAGUUUUUGUAGUCAACAUGCUGUGUGUGUUCAGUUGACUGUAGAGCGAAUAGUGCACUUAUGACCAAAGUAUAUAAAUGUGUAAUUAUGUUGCGGUAAUGUAUGCUAUUUUCAGUCAGACUGGGCUAAAUGUCUGUUUGUUCUUUCAUGUCAUUCCUUACUAUUGUUAGAUGCAAAGGACCAUACACACAUUGUUAUUGGAUUGAAAACAUCUCUCUCCAUUAUGAUGUAGUUUUUUUCAUUUUUUUUUUUUUACAGUGAACAACAAAUGUUCUUUCAUUGAAAUAAAGAAUACAGUUUAUAACA